AUGGGGCCGCGCCUGGCGCUGCUGGCCGCGCUGCUGCCCGCGCUGCUGUUCAUAUUCCUGGGCUCUGAUCCAGCAAUAAAACAAAUUCUUUCUUUAGGUUCACAAAUGCUGCUGCACAUCACAGUUCCCCAGAGGUUGCUCUCAAAAACAGCUGGAGAGACGGAUGCGGUGUCCUACGUCCUCAGGAUAGAGGGGAGGGCGUACACCAUUCACCUGCAGCAGCAAUUCUUUUUACCUGAUGAUUUUAGGAUUUACACGUACAAUGAGAAGGGAUCCUUGCACUCUGACUCACCCCAUAUCAAGGGAGGCUGCCACUACCGGGGGUACAUCGAGGGCUUCCCCAGCUCGGCAGUGACCCUCAGCACCUGCUCGGGGCUCAGGGGCUUGCUGCAGUUUGAGAAUGUGAGCUAUGGGAUUGAGCCCCUGGGUUAUUCUCCUGCGUUCGAGCACUUUGUGUAUCGCAUGAGUGACGAGAGGACGGCAGGUUCCCUCUUGGCCAACAGCCACCCCGAGAGGGGUCCAGGCAGGCUGACAGCAGAGGAGAUGUCAACCAAAGCACGUGGAGGUGACGAACCAGUGUCCAAAUACCAGAGAGAGAUGGCACUCCACAUAGUUUUGGAAAGGGCUUUGUAUGACUACCUGGGUGCAGACGAAUAUGUUGUGACACAGAAGAUCGUUCAGGUGUCCAGCUUACUGAGCAGUAUGUUCAGCUCUCUUAAUCUAACAGUUAUGCUGUCCUCCGUGGAGGUCUGGAUGGAUAACAGUACAUUUAAGACAAUGGGGAAUGGAGAAGAAGUGCUGGCGCAGCUGUUGGAGUGGAAGCAGACCAGCCCCAUUCUGCAGCCCCACGAAGUGCCAUAUUUGCUCCUAUACAGGGACCAAGCAGCGUUCGUGGGUGCAACGGCUCCGGGAAAGGCAUGUCGGAGAGACGCUGCUGGCGCAGUGGCCGUGUACCAAGGGGCCGUGACGCUGGAGUCCUUCUCCGUCCUCCUGGCGCAGCUGCUGGGACGCAGCCUGGGCAUAAGCUACGACGACUCCCGAGACUGCCGCUGCCCCGGGCGCAUCUGCCUCAUGAGCCCGGAGGCACUACAUGUCAGCGGGGCAAAAGCCUUUAGCAGCUGCAGCAUCAGGGACUUUGAAACAUUCCUGAAGCACAACAGGGACUGCCCUUUCAUCAGGCAUGCUCUGCAUCAGCCUUCCUACCAUGCGGCUGUCUGCGGCAACGGUGUCAUUGAGCCUGGCGAGCAGUGCGACUGCGGGGCGGCGGAGGCCUGUGCGUUAGACAAAUGCUGUACUCCCCAGUGCAAUUUCAAACCAGGAGUGAAGUGUUCCUUGGGAUUGUGCUGUGAAAAUUGCCAGUUCAAGCAGAAAAACUCGCAGUGCCGCCCCGCCGCCGACGCGCAGUGUGACCUGGCCGAAUUCUGCAACGGGUCCUCCGCAUCUUGCCCCCCUGACCUGUACGUGCAGGACGGGCACGGCUGUGAGCACGGCACCGGCUACUGCUACAAGGGACGCUGCCAGUCUCCGGACCUGCAGUGCCGGGCACUCUAUGGGAAAGGUGCAAAAAAUGCUCCUUUGGCCUGUUAUGAAGAAGUCAACCAUCAGCAGGAUAGGUUUGGACACUGUGGCAACCACCCAAAGGAUGGCUAUCAGCCCUGUUCCUGGCCGAAUCUGGGAUGUGGAAAGUUAGUAUGUACAUACCCAAAUCGUAUUCCCUUCACAAAAGUCAAGGGUGCCAUAAUUUAUGCUCAAGUGCAAGAACAUCUGUGCGUGUCUUUCGAUUUUAUGCGUGGACCCACAGCGCCUGAUCCUCUCCUGGUGAAAGAAGGCACAAAAUGUGGUCCCGGAAAGGUUUGUAUGAAUGGCACGUGCCACCCACAUUCAGUCCUGAAGUAUGACUGCAACGUGCAGAAAAAAUGCCACGGGCAUGGAGUGUGCAAUAACAAGAAGAAUUGCCACUGCGAUCCGGGCUGGAAGCCCCCCCAGUGCAAGACUCGAGGAUCCUCUGCAGGCGGCAGCAUCAACAGCACGCUGGGCCACGAUCAUACCACCAAAAGCUCCGUCCUGGCCGUGCUGAAGAACCGGCUGCUGCUGAGCUUUGGCGGCGUCUUCCUCACCCUGGUCUGUGGCACCAUCAUGAUUAUGAAGUGGAGCCAUUUGAAAAGCUUCUGUGCAAGGAGAGCAUCGCAAACAGAUGGGUGAGUUGGUAUGAGUUACUUAAUGGAAAUUCUCCGUUCUGGGUGCGGGAGAUGGGCAGGGAGCAUGGAAUUACUGGAAAAGCUG